AUGGCGGAAGGGAACAACACCCAGUUCCCCAAGCCCGAGCGGGGCAUUCGCCUUUCGCAAGGGGGGGGGGACUUGGUGGUGCCUACCGUCAAGAAGGGCAAGCCGGAGCUGAGGAAGAAGGUCCACCCAGCAGUGGUCAUUCGGCAGCGGAAAUCCUACAGGAGAAAAGAUGGGGUGUUCCUCUAUUUUGAAGACAACGCAGGAGUGAUAGUAAAUAAUAAAGGCGAAAUGAAAGGCUCCGCAAUCACAGGCCCUGUGGCGAAGGAGUGCGCAGAUCUGUGGCCCAGGAUAGCCUCCAACGCAGGAAGCAUCGCAUAAACGCGUUCCUCUUCGUAGAGCUAAAAUAAAAAAGUCCUUGUACCAAAUAAGUGGUGUCUUUCUU